AUGGAAGAUGUAAUCUCGCAUGAAUGGGAACGUACCUUCGGGAAUCACACCAUCACCGCCCCGGACCUGUCGGAGUGGCCAAAUAUCGCCCUCGAUGUCGCUGGUCGCUUGCGCGAUCGGCGUGCCUUCAUUGGCCCCACGGUAGACGAGGCCCAACCUGUGAAGCUGAAGUACCUUGAGUUCAUCGAUGCCCGCACUAGCACCCGUUAUAUCCCAAAGUUUACUGUAUCAGCCGAUGGUAAAGUGUUGGCAGCAUCAUUCUGGACUAACGAUGUCCUUAUAUGGCGCCUAUCGGAUGGUUUACUCGUUCAGCGCCUGCACCAUCAGGGCCAUACAGGCAAAAUUACCUCCCUGGCAUUUUCUCCGAACGAUCAUACCCUCGUCUCCGGGUCGAGGAACAAGACCGCGAUUGUCUGGGAUAUUCGACGUGGCUGUGCACUUCUACGUCUCGAAGGACAUAGCAAAGAUGUGGACAGUAUUGCGUACGCCCCUCACGGCGCACUCAUCGCCACCGCUUCCCGCGACGACAGAUCAGUGAAGGUCUGGGACGCAUCAACUGGAUUAUGCCUGCAGUCCUUCAGGAUUGGCCAGGACAUUCCCAAGCUAGCCUUUUCCCCGGACGGCUCUCGUUUCUACGUCAAAUCAUCCAAAUCCUACAAGGUUCGAGUCACCGUUCGGAGCGCGACGACUGGUCAAGAGCUCCUCGCGAUCGACGAAGGACGAAUGCUAUCAGAGGACCCUAUCGUGUUCUCACCAGACGGCGUCGAGGUGUUGGCGAUUUGUGAGACAGAUGGAACGGCCACCACGUACGAUUCGCGGACGGGCCAACUGCGUCGUACCUUCAAGGCCCGACCAGGCGGAGUGGCCAAAUAUCGCCCUCGAUGUCGCUGGUCGCUUGCGCGAUCGGCGGGCCUUCAUUGGCCCCACGGUAGACGAGGCCCAACCUGUGAAGCUGAAUUUACUCUGUCAGCCGAUAGCAAACUGCUGGCGGCAUCGUUCUGGACUAACGAUGUCCUUAUAUGGCGCCUAUCGGAUGGUUUACUCGUUCAGCGUCUCCACCAUCAGGGUCAUACAGACGUAAUCACUUCCCUGGCAUUUUCUCCGAACGAUCAUAUCCUCGUCUCCGGGUCGAUGGACAGGGCCGCGAUUGUCUGGGAUAUUCGACGUGGCUGUGCACUUCUGCGUCUCGAAGGACAUGACCGAUCUGUGAACAAAAUUGCAUACGCCCCUCACGGUGCACUCAUCGCCACCGCUUCCCGCGACGACAGAUCCGUGAAGGUUUGGGAUGCAUCAACAGGAGCAUGCCUGCAGUCCUUCAGUGUUGACAAUGGCAUUCACGAGCUAGCCUUUUCCCCGGACUGCUCUCGUUUCUACGUCAAGUUAUCCGACUCCUGUUCUAUCUAUGAUACCAGGAGCCACACUCACAUUGACGAUUUUGACGCGAUCUCCUGGGCGAUGUCGCGCCAAGGUGACCGCAUCGUCACCACCACCAAAACAGACAAGGUUCGAGUGACAGUUCGGAGCGCGACGACUGAUCAAGAGCUCCUCGCGAUCGACGAAGGACGAGUGCUGUUAGAGGACCCUCUCGCGUUCUCCCCAGACAGCGUCGAGGUGUUGGCGAUUUGCGACACAGACAGAACAGCCACCACGUACGAUUCGCGGACGGGCCAACUGCGUCAUACCUUCAAGUUGUCAAGCGUACCGCAAUGUGCGAUUUACUCCCCGGAUGGGUACCACGUCGUCUUCGUUGAUAAAGCUGGAGGUGUAGAAGUGCAUAACGCGAAGUCUGGGACAUUCAUUGCGAAGGUUGAAGGAUACGAGGGCGUAAAAAAAUAUGUUAUCGCUCAAAUUUUCCCUGAUAGUCAGACCCUCCUGUUGCGUACUGAUAACGGACAACGGCUUCAUUUGUAUAACAUUGAAGAUCUAUUGCGAAUACGAUAGUAUAGUAUUGUCUGCUCAGCUCGUUGUAUAUUACACGUAGCAAGCGCACGUUGGUGAAUAUAAAAUACACUUCGGGCUCUAGGAGCUGGUAAGCGCAGCGUCGAUGUGACAAGAGUUUUAGCCUUCAGCUUCAUAGACCAUACGCAGUGAUCUGUUACAUGACGGGAAGGCGCAUGGAGAUCUCUAUGUAAGCUGGCCUGGCCAAUCGGACGGUGAAUCCCUGCAGUGCGAACGCUAAUUGGUCAGCCUGACAAUAACUUGCUAUCUUCCAAAAGCUUUCGACUCCGACGAACGCAGGUAACGUUGCCACUGUCGUUCGGGACGUCGAUCGCCAUGAUGCAACGUAUGAUUUCCUAGGCGAAUUACAUGACUCACCAUCCACGAUCCCACCCGGAACUUCGCGACAGCCAAGACCAUUCUUGACGUAGACAGGUUGGAGGCACAGGCGUUUUCGCUCAAAAUCGGAGCCCCACAAGGCAUGCGCUUGUUGGGACUGGGUCUGGACGCGUCGCUAUUGUCCGUCUUCUGAGACGCAGUCUCAAUGAUCCCCCCUGUAGACGGUGCCGUAGCAGACAUAUUCGAGUGAAGAUGAUCUGGGAUCUGCGAUUGGAGAGGCGCCCAGUCUGCUCUGAGGAGCAAUGCA